AUGGCUCGGAAUGUUGCUUUGGAAGCGGUGAAACAUAAACGGGGCAAUUACGUCUUGGAGGCGUUUGCACUGAGCGCGUCGUGGUUUCUUGCGCUGCAGCAGGCGGUGCUGCCCCGGCCGGCGGCGGCGGCGGCCGCGGAGGAGGAGGAGGAGGAGGGCGGCGGCCUGGACGCGCGGGCGCUGGAGGCCGAGAUGGAGGCGCGGCGGCGGCGCGUGCGGAGGGUGUGCGCCGAGCGCGGCCUGCAGCGCGAGGGGGAGCCCAACGCCUGGGAGUUCUUCAUCGACUCGCGCCACAGCCUCGUCUGGUGCAACGUCUUCAAGGCGGCCAGCACCGCCUGGCUCUACAACUUCAACCUGCUGGCGGGCUACUCGGAGAGCUUCCUGCGGCGCUCGCUCAAGAUGCCGCUGGUGCUGGCCCGCGCGCGCUACCCGCGCCCCACGCCGCAGCAGCUGCGCGCCGCGCUGCCCGACUCGCUCUCCUUCCUCAUCGUGCGCGACCCCUUCGAGCGCCUGCUCUCGGCCUACCGCAACAAGUUCGAGGGGCUGCGCAACCGCUUCUACCGGAAGCUGGGGCGUGAGAUCUCGUCGCGGCAGCCCCGGCGCGCCUCGCCGCCCCCGGCCCCGCCGGCGCCGCACCCCAACGCCGUGGACUCCUCGGGCGACGCGCCCGACCCGCGCCUGCCCGGCCCCACCUUCGAGCAGUUCGUCGACCACGUCAUCGCCACGGGCCUGCGCGCGCACAAGCCCAAGUUCGACGAGCACUGGGCGCCCUACUACCGCUUCUGCACGCCCUGCCACGUCAACUUCACCGUCAUCGCCAAGGUGGAGACGCUGUCGCGCGACGAGGAGUACAUCAUCGACCGCGCGGGGCUGCGGGGCGCGCUGCUGGCGGCGGCGCGGCGGCGCGAGCGCCCGCGCAAGGUCACCAACCGCGCGCGCGGCGCCAAGGCCACCGCCGACCUCGUGGCGCGCUACUACGCCACGCUCACGCGCGGCCAGCUGCGCGACCUCUACCGCAUCUACGGCACCGACUUCGACCUCUUCGGCUACAACGCCUCCAAAGGCUUUUGCAUAAAAUGGAAAGCCAUGCACAGAUCACAAGAAAACUACAAGCUCAAUUUGUGUAUG